AUGUCGUUAACCUUGAAUGAUCAAGUGCCGGAGCAAGUUCGUUCGAAAUUGCGUCAACGGAUGCCAACUGCGGCUCCCUAUACUUUUACUCACGGCGAUCUUACCAAUGUUAACAUUAUCGUCGAGAACGGUAAUCUGGCAGGGAUCCUGGAUUGGGAAUCUUCGGCCUUUUUCCCUGUUUGGUGGGAAUUUACUUGUGCAGGAAUUGGUCUGGGGCAAGACGAUAAAGAAUGGAAAGAUCUGCUUCGUAGCCACCUGCCCGAUCAUACCGAGGCCCGCAAUUUCUGGUUGGAUUUCUUCGCAUUGCGCAACUAUCCUAACUUGAAUGAGAGAGGACUGUCAUUACUAAAGGAAUGUGAUUUGGGUCUGCCAGAGAAAGAAACAUGA